UUUCUUAAAACAACAAAAUUUGUUUGAUUUUCUUUUAUUGUAUUUUUAAAUUUUGUACAAUUAUCAUUGUUGCCUCAAUCACAAAAUUCUCCAAUCUCUCGCUAUCUUCUCAUCUAGGGCUGCUCUUCUUCUUCGUCGUCCGUAGAGCUUUGAAUUCUUCUAGGCUUUGGUUUUCUCCGGGCAACUCUUGAUUUUGUCUGAUCUGGAUUAUGAAUUCGAGCUGAGUUAGAGAGAGAUUACGAACGGUCUUGGUCGUGGGAGUAGUGUUAUACAAGGUUCUUCAGCAUCCAUGGAUCUUAAGCAGAUUGGAAAUCAUUCUACAGGUGUCUUUGAUGCAUCUCAGUAUGACUUUUUUGGGAGCCAUGUUGUUGAGGAGGUCGAGUUUGGUGGAUUGGAAGAUGAAGACGAAGAAGAAUUACCUGUCGCUGGAAUAGAAGAAGACUUUGCCUUUGAUAAGGACGAGGUUCAUGUUUCUAGAACUCUGUCCGACGCUGAUGAUCUUGCUAGUACAUUUUCAAAGUUGAAUAGGGAUCCUGAAGGAUAUAGGAGCACGGUACCUAUAGCUGGUAUUGGAUCAAGACAGUAUUAUGUUGGUGAUGGGUGGAACCAUGGAGAGGAGUUGCCAAAUUGGUAUGGCCAGCAGAAACUAGACUCUGAGGCGAUUCAAGAUGACAAAAGGAGGCCGUCACAGCCUUUUCCAACUCUGAAUCUUGUUGAGCAAAGAAACCUGCACAGAGCAACAUCAUAUCCUGAACCACAGCAUCAACAGCGCCCAAACCCGCAUCAGCAACAAUUUUCCAGUGAACCGAUUCUUGUACCAGAUCAGCAUUUAGGACAACCAAAUACACAAUUUCAUUCUGAUGGGUCUCAUACCAGAUCGCCAAAUCUCUCUCCAUUUCCAAGUUCUCAUCCUCAGUUGGUUGGCAUGCAUGGGUCACCGCAAAUCACUGGAAACUUGCCACAGUUUCGACCUUCUCUUCCUGUGAACAAUCGACCCCCAGCUCAAUGGAUGAAUGGCCAAAAUAUGUUUCCUGGGGAUAGUUCUGGGAUCAUGAACAACAUGUUACCACAACAGCAGUUACCUCAUCAAAACGGUCUAAUGCCUCAACAGCAGCGGAUGCCUCAGAUGCAGGGUCCUCAAAAUAGGUUAGUACAUCCGAUGCAGCCCCACGGGCAUUUGUCAGGAAUGCAGCCUCAACUAUUUAAUUCCAACCUUUCUCGGUCAGCGUCCUCGGGCAGUUAUGAUGCAAUGCUUGGGUUUGGUGAUCUGAGGGAAGCAAGACCAGGAUCGAGUCAGGGGAACAGACUAAACAUGCGCUUUCUUCAACACGGUUUUGAUGGUGGACUUCAGAGGAGAAAUAAUGCAUGGCCUCCUUUCCGGUCGAAAUAUAUGACAGCUGUUGAAAUAGAGAACAUCCUAAGAAUGCAACUGGUGGCUACCCAUAGCAAUGAUCCUUAUGUAGAUGAUUAUUACCACCAAGCACGUCUUGCUAAGAAAUCUGCUGGUGCAAAACUGAAGCAUCAUUUCUGUCCAAAUCAUUUGAGAGACCUUCCAUCUCGUGCUCGUCCUAACAACGAGCCCCACGCAUUUCUUCAGGUUGAUGCUCUUGGUAGAGUUCCUUUCUCUUCGAUCCGCAGGCCUCGGCCUCUGCUUGAAAUGGAUCCUCCAAAUUCAACAAAAUCUGGUAAUCUAGAGCAGAAAGAUACAGACAAGCCCCUUGAACAAGAGCCAAUGCUUGCAGCUAGGGUGAUUAUUGAGGAAGGUCUCUACCUCUUCCUUGAGGUAGAUGAUAUUGACCGGUUCUUAGAGUUCAAUCAACUCCAAGAUGGUGGAAACCAGUUGAGGCAAAAGCGGCAAGCUCUGUUGGAUGGGCUUGCAGUGUCACUACAGCUUGUUGACCCACUUGGUAAGAACGGGCAAAACAGUGGGCUUGCAUUUCAGGAUGUUGUCUUUCUAAGAAUUACGUCCCUUCGAAAGGGCCGGAAGCUACUUACAAGGUACCUCCAGCUUCUUUUCCCUGGCAGCGAUCCAAUGCGAAUUGUUUGCAUGGCUAUUUUUAGACACUUAAGAUCUUUGUUUGGAGUGCGAUCAUCAGAUACUGAAACCACAAAAACCACAAUCAAACUUGCAAAAGUUGUCGCUUUAUGCAUUCAGACCAUGGAUCUUGGACCCGUAAGCCUGUGUCUAGCAGCAGUUUCUUGUUCUUCUGAGCAGCCACCGCUUCGUCCUUUGGGUAGUCCUGUCGGAGACGAAGCUACCAUUAUACUCAAAUCUGCACUCGAUAGAGCUACCGAGCUUCUCCGUGCUAAUAAUUACAACAACGCAGGCAUGAAUCUGUGGCGUGCGUCCUUUGAUGAGUUCUUCAACUUACUGAUGAAACACUGCAUAAGCAAGUACGACAGUAUAAUGCAGAACCUGAAUUCGCAAUUGCCACCACACUUUGCCACAGAGAUGUCUGAAGCUGCUGCACAAGCCAUUGUCAGGGAAAUGCCUAUCGAGCUUCUACGAGCGAGUUUCCCGCACAUAAGCGAUGAGCAAAAGAGAAUACUUGUGGAAUUCUUGAAGCUUGGUAGCCAGAAAACCGAAUCAGUCAUAGCUUGAUGACAUUAGAUAAAAACUUAAGUCCCAAAUGGAGCAGAAGAAGUUAGCAACUGAGAGAUUAGCCUCCAACUUUUUUGUCCACUGAUGUUUUUCUUUUGAGGGUGGUUCUUUUCUAUCUUCUUUUUUGUUUUUUUUUUUGGUUUUGGUUUUGACGACAUGAAUGAUUAAACGAAGGAGGAGACGAUGGAGUUGGAGUGUACAGAGAAGGUCUAAAGCUUGUUUCACCUAUAAUAUAGGCAAUGAAGAUGACAGUUAUUAUACUCUGUGACAGUUAUUAUCACAACGGUCUCGAUUUUUUACUCGGAACCAAAAUCUUUUUCACUUGUAUUUUGAGUAAUUCUCUUUUGUCUCUGCAUCGUGGGUUUCUUAUACUCAUAUUGGGGAAGUAAAUGAUUGGCUGUGAGUUCUCUUGUUGUCUU